AUGGAUGCGAUGAACUUCCAGCAGAGGAAGGACGAAAAGUACCAAUAUCUCGAUCCAAGACUACGCAACACAGAAGGAGUCCUAUUGCCGGAGACAGGAGCUCAAUUCGAGGGUGAAUCGCAAUUCGAUGCCUCGUACCAGUCCCAAGAUGACUUCGCGGGCGAGUUAUCUAUCGAUCUGGAAGCUGGCAUCCCCUGGAUAUCCGAGCUUGAGCUUGGACCCGGGGACGGUCGCAUGGUUCUGCAAAACCAUAUGCCGAGUGCAACUCUCGGUGGUCAACAACGCAUGACUUCGGACAACCUAUCUCGGGACAUGGAGGAACACAUGGAUGUGCAAGGCCACACGCAUAGUCCAAACCUCGCUGAUCAAAGUGUCAUGGCGCCGGAUCAUUCAUACCGUGACCUGGAGCCUCAGCUGCAUUAUCAGGAUGGGGUGGACUGGCUGCCAACGACCCCACUGCCUUCUCAUCUACAGCAGCAAAUGUUGGCAACUCCGCCAGCCUCAUGCUCACCUCGCUCAAUACCGCAAGGCGAUAAUGCGUUGCCACAGAUCGCAUUACCGCAGUCAAGACUGCAGCAUUCACCGCAUCUUAAUCUCAAUACCAGCCAGCCUCCCUUGAUGGUGUAUCGCGAUACCCUGAGCCCAUACGAUGCCUAUAGAACGCCGAUAUCUUGUACAUCCACGCAGCAAGAUUACUUCGAUGCCCCGAGCACACCUACAAGACAGCCACCAAUGCGGCGAGGGAGAGCGAACAGCGCCGUAGGAUAUGGCAUGGCACAUCUCAUGACCGAGCAAUUCCUUGAGCAGUCUGAUCAGCGCUUUGAUAUCCAACGAUGGGCUUUUCAGAACACGAACGUUACGAAUCAGAUGAGGGAGGUGCAAUCAGCACCACAGGCACAGCCAAGGCAGACGUCUACAGGUGUCAAUAUGAAGGCUGUGAGAAGGAGUGCACGACCAAACAAGACCUACAACAUCACGAAAGAUACCACAAAGAAGGAGCGCACAUCUGCGACCAAUGCCAGAAAAGCUUUCAAUUCCCAAAGGACUUAUCUCGUCAUCUCGCGAGUCAGAUCCAUAACUCGCGAGGGGGAGGCCAGCACAAAUGUGAUGUUCGCGGUUGCAGAUUCUUCGACAAAGGCUGGGCACGGCGAGACCACUGGAAACGACACAUGGAGAAGAUCCAUGGAUAUGUAUUUCCAGCAAGAUCGCGGCAUGGUUCAGAAGCUGGACGAUGAUUCCGAGGGGAUGAUCCGUAUAUGA